UGUCUGAUGUCCAAAGAUGAAAAUUGUUGAAUAACAGAUGGAGGAACUGUGACGUCUCAUUGAACACAUCUCCACCGUCCACGUAGCCACCCAACGUUUGAGAAUUAGAUUCAGUUCCUCACUCUCCAUACCAAGGAUCUUCCACUGCGACGAAAGCAAAUCGGAAAGUUAACUAACGAAGGUCCGUUCGGUGAAAAUCGGCGACGAACGAAGAUCAACAAUAAAAAUUCAUUACAUUACUUUCACUGUCUUUCCUAAUCUCCCAACCUUCACACUUGCACAUUUCUUUCAGGGAAACUGACAUGCCUUCAGUUUACAUGGGGGGUACGGUGGAUAAUUCUACCUCGAGCAUGGGAACUAAUUCUAAAGAAAGCAGUGUUGUAGCUGGGAAAAAUACAUACAAAAACCUUCUGGUUGCAUCACGGCCUAAAGGCUUUGCACGGAGAAAUUAUGAACAACUUGUGUCAUUCACCCAUGGUGACUUUGGAAGCAGUGUUGUGGGUCGUGCCACUUUUUUUUUACUCAAAGUUGCUGCCUUAGAGACCGUGAGGAGGUUCUCCAAGAGUAAAUGCCCGUGUGUAUGGCGAGGCCUGCAGGGUCUACAAAUCCUUGUCUAUCCACCGUUCAAAUGGAUUCAGAGGUGGGCACCCUUCAGGGGUUUGGUGAAGAGCAUGCAGGUACUAUCAAGACCACUUUUAGUUCUUUCGAUUGCAACAGUCUUUACCGAUCAACCACAAUGUAGUGAUGGAACCUCAGAUUGUAUUGUUGAUUCUCCUGAUUCUGAGGUAUCUGCCGAACUAUCUCCUGCACAGCCUAUCCCGAAUACAAGACAUUCUGAGAUAGAUCCUGAAGUUUUAGAAUAUGAAAACUGGUUGACUCUACUUAAUCAAGAGUUGGAAAAUCAAGGGAUUAGUUUGCCAGAAAGAAUCAAUGAUGAUGAGCUCCACAGAUUUUACGCAGCUUCUAAUAAUGACUUUUCAUGCUUCCUUGCCUCAAUCAAGAAGACAAUACGGUGGCGGGAGAGUUAUAGAUUUUUUUCAGGAGAAGAGCUGGAAACUUGGUCAAAUAUGGUGUUCUGGCAUGGAUUUGAUAUUUUGCACAGACCUUGCCUCGUUGUAAGGCUUGGGAUAGCUUGUCGCUCUUUGGCGUCUGAAGAUAGACUUCAGUUUGCUCAGGCAAUUAUAUCACAGGUAGAAUAUGGUGUCUUGCACUUGGUAGAUGCAAACAACCCUCAAAUUGCAGUAUUGGUGGACUGUGAAGGGUUAUCUCCGUUGAGAAUUCCCAUGAAAGUGAUGAGAACUUGUUCAUCCCUUCUGCAAGAUUACUUUCCCAAUCGACUUGGUUGUUUGUUUGUCAUCCGACUACCAGCAAUUGUUCGUGUUAUUGCCCAGACUUUUAUUCAGGUUCUGAAGCCAACAACUAAGAAGAAGUUAAAAUUAGGGGGAGAGAUAUAUUGGAAAGAACUUUUUGACAAUUUUCCGACACCACCAUCAUAUCUUGGAGGAAGAUGCACUUGCAUGAGAUGUUCUAAAAUUGGCAACUGGGAUAUGCUGCAACCUCAUUCAACUGGGACAAACAUAAUUGAUAGAGAGCAGGAUAUCAGUGACAAUGGGGGAUUGCCAUCACUGCCAUCUAAUGAAUUAGAUGCCCGCCAAGUCAGUAAUUCUGACCAGCUUUUGAGAAAGGCCGUCAUAAGUUUUCUCGUAUUUUGGGUUUUCAUAGCACUUGGUGCUGGAAUUUACGAUCCUGGUAGUCUUCAUUUAGCCCCAUAACCCAAGCUUGGCCAAAUUAGUUUUGCUUCCCUAGUUCAAUAAAUCUUUAGAGGACACCUCUAGUUUGAAUGUGUUUCUGAAUUUGGAUCUGACGUUAUCCAAAGCUCUGAACAGUAGCAGUUCACUGUUUCAGAUUCUUUAGACAAUAGAUCUCCAGUUAUUGCUUGAA